CUUGGACAUAGAAACUCGUCUUCAGGUUUGAUUGUCCUCAGAGGAUCUGAAAUUGAAAGGAGUGAAACCAGAAGGAUGAAUCAUCCGGGAUCUGGAUCAUAUGGCAGGCCGGAACGACCACUUGAUGUCAUGUCGGAAUGCGAUGCUCUCAUUCGCGGUCAAGAAGGUUGGAUAUUCACUCCCAACUACCCAUCCGAUUACGACAAUUACAGGACGUGUGACUACGUGGUGCAGAGGCUGACCCCCGACACCUGCAAGGUGGAGAUGACCCUGAACGACUUCGAUCUCGAAGAGAGCGACCACUGUUUGUCGGAUUACCUGGAUCUGAGAGAUGGUCAACUUGGAGUGCUUUGUGGAACUUUAGCCUCUGGAACUAAAAAACAACUUCAAUACCGUUCCGGCCAGUAUACUAUGACCUUGAGGUUCAAAAGUGACAAAGAAAAUACGAGGAAAGGAUUCAUGAUUCAGCUGAAGCAAAUACCAAGAUCCUGUGGAGCAACAACUGUUCCAGUGGGUCCAAGUGCUUGUAACCAAUACAUCGACACAUUCACCAGUAGUUUGACUUCUCCGGGCUAUCCGAAUGGUUAUCCGGCAAAUUUACGCUGUGCUUACACCAUCCGACGGGCUGACGCUAGAAUCUGCAAGGUCAUGCUGGAAAUUCGCCUGCUUGACUUCGGACGCCAUUCUUCCGGAUCUUGCAGGGGAGGAUUACUUGGAAUUCCCCAGACUUGUCAAGGACUUGUACUGGUUACCCAUCUAGAAAAGAAGACAACAACAGUGAAAGAAAUUGCUAAAAUUGUCGAUUUUCUACGAGGCAGUGACCUUUUAACCUUCACAUUCAUCAGUGACGGAUAUGGAUCUGGGAAAGGAUUCGACAUAGAGAUAUUGCAAGUUCCAGAUUCUUGCUCAUCUUCUCCGCCACCGGCAAGAACACCAAGACCAGGUGUUGUCGAGCAAUGUGACCAAGAAGUUGCAUCUGUGACUGGGCACUUCACAUCCCCGAGGUUUCCCAACCACUACGGUCCCAACGAGAGAUGUCGAUUUACGGUUCGUAAAAUCGACCCAUCCGUCUGCAGCGUGGAACUCGACUUCAGAAGAUUCGAUUUGGAAUACAGCGGACCCCGCUGCAGCAAGGACUACCUCACACUUCCUAGCUUGAACAGGCUGUGUGGAACCAUCACCGGAAAACAGCUGAUGGAUUUACCGAAGGAUAGUGAUUACGUGAACCUGUAUUUCGUCAGUGAUGGUUACGGUCAAAAUCCAGGAUUUGAUAUACAUGUAACGCAAUUGUUUAAUACAUGCGAAGGUCACGGUUCACAAGGUCCCUGUGAUCAAGAAGUUGGCACUUAUACCGGAAGAUUCACAUCACCCAGCUAUCCCUCUAACUAUCCUCCAAAUCAGCGUUGCACGUUUAGCAUCCACAGAGCUGAUCCAACAGUUUGUUCCGUCGAACUGAACUUUCUCAAUUUCGAUAUCGAGUUUUCUAGAGACCAAUGUUCCAAAGACUUUCUCAUGUUACCCGACAGAUCAAGGAUUUGUGGCACCACUAAUGGAAUUCGCAUUCUCAAUUUUCCUGCUGGCAGUGAUAUUCUUGCACUGAAUUUCUUCAGCGAUAGUUACCGCAGUGGUAGAGGUUUCGACAUAGAGGUGACACAACGGAGGAAUACCUGCAGUACACCUGUAUCAGAUUGCGGAGGAGAAGUGACUAGUUCAGCAGAACGCAUAACUAGUCCCGGUUACCCUCGUUACUAUACUUCUGGUCUCAGAUGCCAGUACAAGAUCAGGAGGCCAGAGCCAAGUACUUGUACUGUUGAAUUGGAUUUUCGAGCUUUUGAUGUAGCAGUCAGUGCCGGUUGCAGUGAAGAUUACUUGGAGCUACCUGAUCAUAGCAGGCUAUGUGGUAGCCAGCUUUUGCCAAAGGCGUUGGAUUAUUCUUCAGUAGGAAGUGAUGUCAUGACGUUGACAUUUGUAACAGAUUCCAUCGGAGCUGGGCGUGGAUUUGAUAUUGUCGUCAGACAAAUACCGAAUUCUUGCAGCAUACUUCCUCCACCACCUUCCUGUGACGUGACCAUUACCGACGAGAGGACAGUCAUACACAGUCCCAACUAUCCCGACGAUUACCCACCGGACGCACUGUGUGUGUAUACUAUAACACGGCUUGACCGGAGUAUGUGCCAAGUCCAGGUGGAGUUUCUGGAUUUCGACUUAGAGGAAGUACCUAGCUGCACAUCCGAUUUCUUUCAGUUGCAAAAGAACGGAGAUAGGUUAUGCGGCGUACGACGACCACCACCGACAGUUAUUUCUUUUGAAGGCGAUUCCGAUAUUCUGCGAAUGGUGUUUAGGUCUGAUUCAGUCAGUCAUCGUAGGGGUUUCGAAGCACGUGUGAGGCAACUAAGAAACUCUUGCUACAGACCUGUUGGUCCGGCGAACUCCCGACUGUGUGGAUCUUACGCAGAUCCCGUGACCUACAUUCAGAGCGAAAAUUUCCCACUUUUGUAUUCACCGAACACAGACUGCGAAUAUAGAAUAGUUCGAAGUUCUUCGGACAUCUGCCAACUGGAACUUUACUUUUCUCAUUUCGACGUGGCCUCCGAAAAUUCUGCUAAUUGUGACCGAGACUACUUGGAAAUCAAAGGAGCGAAGUAUUGUGGGAAGAGAGAUGGCCAAAGAGUUCUUGUUGAUUUUCCCAAGGAUGAAAACGAAAUAACGAUGCAUUUCAAAACAGACAGUUACCAGCAACUUUCUGGCUUUCGAAUAGAAGCAAAGCAAUUAACGUCCGGCUGCUCAACACCCCCACCACCGAUGAAUAAAUCUUGUGACGAAACAUUUAGUGAAGAAUCGUUCCAAAUCAUCAGCCCAGGCUAUCAGACAGGCUCCUACCCCGACAACACAGAUUGCCAGUAUACCAUCAAAAAAUCAUCUUUUCAAGUCUGCGCAUUGCAAGUCAAGUUCUAUUCUUACGACAUCGAGCAAUCGGAAAACUGCGAAAAGGAUUACUUGUAUAUUUCUGAGCAAAAAUUAUGUGGACGCAUGGAAUACGAUUCCGUCCGAACAUAUGAAUUUUUGGAAGAUGAAACCGUUAUCAAGUUUCACAGUGAUUCCUACAAAAAUGGCGCCGGAUUCUUUUUGUUGUUCGAUCAAAAGUCUUGUUAAUGUGAAGGACUUGCUUUUUUACAUAAGUUUGUACAUAUAAAGUAGUUUUAGAAGAAAAAAA